AUGUCUGCAUCGGAAGCUGAUUACAAAAUCCCGCCGGCUCCAACAUACAGGACCCCACCGGCACUAGUAGCUUUCACCCUCUCCCUCCUCAUCUUAACCUUUGUGGCUUUCAGCAUUGUGUAUCUUUGUAAGUUUUGUUUUCAAGGCCUUUUCCACACUUGGGCCUUACAACGCACAGCCUCGGGUUCUCUCUCUCGUCUCUCGCCUGAGAGAUCACCGCCUCGAGGACUCGACAAUACCCUUCUAGACAAGUUCCCUACUUUUGCUUACUCCUCCGUGAAAGAUCUACGUGAGGAAAAGAGUUACUGUUUAGAAUGUGCUAUUUGCUUGCUAGAGUUCGAGGAUGAUAGCAUGCUUCGUCAUUUAAGCAUUUGUUGUCAUGUUUUCCAUCAAGAAUGUAUUGAUUUAUGGCUUGAAUCUCACAAGACAUGUCCCGUUUGUCGAACCGACCUCGAUUUAAAUCCGACUUUGAAACACGGUGACAAUGACAACAACAACGAUAACAACAUCAACAACAACAAUGACACCGUUGAUGCAGACGAGGGUAUGGUGCAGUUACCGUGCGAUGCUAUACGUAUUGAUGUUGGACAAGAGGAAAGAGACACUGUUGGAGGGAUCACUGGAGCUCAAAUAAAUGCAACUGGCCAACAUGAUUGUAAGAACACGAACAUGCCGCGAGGAGAAGAAUCUAAGUUUUCAAAGUCACAUUCAACGGGGCAUUCUAUAGUAAUGAUUAGAGGUGAAGAGAAAGAUAAUGCGAAGUAUACAUUGAGGUUGCCUGAACAUGUUAUAAGGGGAGGGCACAGCAGCUCUAAGAGUUGUACAACAUACAAUGAAAUGACAUCGAAAGAGCCUACACCUUGUAGUAACUGUGGUUUUGUUAAACCAGUAGCUGGCUCCUCUUCACUUGCUCAUGCUAAAGACCAUUGA